AUGGAAAUCAAAACUGCCCCCCAUCCAUGGACCAGGAAACACGUGGUUUUGAUAGGGGAGUCUGGUGUAGGAAAAAGCAACCUUCUGUCUCGUUUCACCAAGAAUGAGUUCAAUCAUGAAAGCCGUACCACCAUCGGUGUCGAGUUCAGCACCCGGACGGUCCAGCUGGAUAACUUCGCCAUAAAAGCUCAAAUAUGGGACACAGCAGGACUGGAACGUUACAGGGCUAUCACCUCAGCGUAUUACAGGGGAGCAGUUGGAGCACUGUUGGUCUAUGACGUUAGCAGGCACCUUACAUAUGAGAGCACAGAGCGAUGGCUGAAAGAGCUGUACGACCAUGCGGACCCUCACAUCGUGGUCAUGCUGGUGGGAAACAAAAGAGACCUGGAGAGCCUCAGGACGGUGCCCACAGAAGAGGCCAAGGACUUUGCAGAGAAGAAAGGUAUCAAGUUUAUGGAGACAUCAGCGUUGGACUCCACCAAUGUGGAAGAGGCUUUCACUGAAGUCCUCACAGCAAUCCAUAAGAAGGUGGCCAGCAGGGAAGUGACCCGUGGCUCCAUCAGCGCUGUGACCCUGUCCCCCACCAUUGGACCAAUUAGCGAGGCGCACCAGGAGCGCAAAGGCUGUUGCAAGAACUCCUAAUAGACUACUGCCACCUUUAAGAUCUGCUCUCCUCAUGUUGAACCAACAUCAUGCUUGAGCUCAAGCAUGACAUCAUGCACACAGUUUAAAGAGCGAGGUACCUGCUUGACACUUACAGUCAAUGUACAAACCUCCUUAAAUAUAAAGCGUGUACAAUAUAUAACUAAAAAAAAACAAAAUAGAUUAUCAGAAAAAAAUCUUAUGGUGGCUACUGGGCAUUUUAUUACAGACAGCUGUACACUGUGUUUUCUUUUAUCUUUGUAUUGUUAAAGAGGAGCUGUGUUGCUUUUAUGAAGGAAUGCACUGGGAUUAACUUUGAAUAGAUAAUUUGUUAUUUUCUGCAUGCAAUUACCACAUAAAAACAAAUUCGUUAUCCGCAUUAGACAGCUAAACUAAACUAGAUAGGGGAAUAAGAGAGAGGAGAGAGGGCCGAUGUGAAAGAAAGAGAAUGUGUUCCUCAGCGACGGACAAUAUGCAGCUGUGGUUCUCAACCUGCAGGUUGCAAGAAUGAAUUUAAGAGUUCAUGAGAUGAUGAAAAAGUACAGUUCUGCUACAUGACUUAAAUAGUUUUUAUCCUGAGAAAUACUGUAUGUGUAAACUUUUCAGGCCUUCAGCAGUUAUUCAAAACAGAAAAUCUUCAAGAACUCAUAGGCAUGCACCCUAUCUCCUCUCAUUAAAGCCCUCCUCCAGUCCUAAACCUAUUUUUCUUAUUGUUGGAUGUUUGCCCUUUACUGCUCAGAAUUAUAUACAGUUUGUGUGGUUUUUGACAUUGCUGGGCUGUUUUCUCAUUCAUCUGGAGAUGGGGAAGGUGUGUGUGAGAGGAGUAUUCAAAGGAUUUUUCUGCAUCUUAAAAUAGUUGAGGUAAGGGUUCACACUUAAAACAUCUUGGAGCCACCUACCAUGGGUUGAAGGUGUUGUGUGUCCUGGCGGCCUGUAGAUGGCAGUGCUGAUGUUGAAAGCUUCAGAGCUCUAAUGCAGUGUAUUUGUUCCCUCUCUCACAUCCUUUACUCCAGUAUAUCGUAUAGUACUAAUUCUUUCCUUAUUGUUCACUCCCAUAAUGAUCAUGAUAUUAAGCUCGUGUA